ACUUAAUUUGUUAAUUUGGUUUGAUUGGUUAGCAGUUUCUGAAACCAAACCAAACCACCUGAAGCAAACAAACUAAAAAUUUAACCAAACCAAACUAAUUAUUCAAAUUAAUCAAACCAAUAUCCAAAUACUAUCGGUUACCAUAAUUACCACCACUAUAACCGCAUUUGAACACACCUAAUCAACAAAUCAGCAGUUCAAUUUCCAUCCAAUACCGCCCCCUCCCCUGCCUUUUUGUUGAAUCAUUUCGUCUCCUCUUCUCUCUUAUUCAAUAUAUCUCUUGUAUGACCACUUGCAAGAUCAACCCUUUCAGCUCAUCAAGCAUUCACAACACUCCUCUUUUCGCCUGUUUCAUCUUUUAGCCAUCUAUUCCGUCUGCUUUUCCUCUGUUCACCUCCCUUCGCUGCUUGCAUAAUUGGCUUGCUUUCCUCUGGUUCUAAAGGUUCACUGAAUUCGGACCAUUGUCGUUUUCUUCUUCUUCUCCUCAUCCACCUUUGUUUUGCUGUUUUUAGAGGUUGUAGUUACGAUUUAUCUCAUGUUUUUUUUUUCUUUCUCUUCAGGCAAAUGGAAAACAACGUGGCGUGUGGAGUUAGUAUGGAGGAAGAUGAGAUGGAUUUGCCAGCCGGGUUUCGUUUCCACCCAACUGACGAAGAGCUCAUUUCACACUAUCUCUACAACAAGGUUCUAGACAUCAACUUCUCUUGCAUAGCAAUCGGCGAUGUUGAUUUGAACAAGUCCGAGCCCUGGGAAUUACCUGGGAAAGCAAAGAUGGGGGAGAAAGAGUGGUAUUUCUUUUGCAUAAGGGACAGGAAGUACCCAACAGGGCUAAGAACCAACAGAGCAACUGAAGCUGGUUACUGGAAGGCAACUGGUAAGGACAAGGAGAUUUACAGAGGGAAAUCCCUCGUCGGAAUGAAGAAAACCCUUGUCUUCUACAAAGGCAGGGCCCCCAAAGGAGAGAAGACGAAUUGGGUUAUGCACGAGUACCGAUUGGACAGGAAAUUCCCUACCCACAACCUCCCCAAAACGGCCAAGAACGAGUGGGUGAUUUGCAGGUUGUUCCAGAAGACCUGUGGGGGGAAGGAAUCUCACAUCUCCGGAAUCCUCCGAUUCAGCGAAAUGGAUCCUUCCUCUCUCUUGCCACCGUUGGUGGAGCCGCCAUCAGCUUACAGCAGUGAUCAGAAAAACAAGCCAGCCGGGGCCGAAUCAUCUUCGGCCUACGUGCCCUGCUUCUCCAAUCUCACAACAAGCAACAAGGACGGACCAAUUGUUGCCAACAACCAGAUACCGUCAAAUCCGAUUCCUCUCUACUCCUCCCAUUACAAUCCCCACUUCUCCCCAGAGAAUUUUCACUUCUCAUCCACCCUGAUGCAACAGGACGACAACUCGAUUCUUCAAGCUCUGUUGGAGAAACAAGGAGGCGCCUUGAAUAUGAAGCACAAUUCCAGAGCUGCUGAUAACGGGGAGAUGAUAAGCGUUUCUCGAGAGACGAUGAUGGCGAUAAGCGCGGAGAUGAACACUAAAAUUUCUUCUGCCAUGUCACAGUAGCUAGCCAGUUAGCCAGCCAACCAGCCAGCCAACCAACUAACCCCGUCAAUUCAGUCCCACACCCAGCAAAUCGUCGCACUUCGGAAAGGGAGAACAUAAGUUUGAAUGUAGUAGUUCACAAUCAGUAUUUUAGUAUACAUUUUGUUGUUUUGUUCUUAUCAUUAUCCUCCUGGUUUGUCGUUUACCCGUGAUUACGAUUACUGCUAUCGUUAGACCCUGAGAAGAUUUACGUCAAAAAGAUGAGGGAAAAGGGUGGGGAAAAUGGAAGAAUAAUUUUUGUACCCGUGAUAUAUAUGUACUGUGAGGAGAUUUUAGUCUUUUUAUCAACAACUCUUGUUGCUUUUGUUAGUCAUUUGGCAAAUCUACCAAAUCAAGUGUGAUUGAGAUA